AUGCAACGUACAAUUGAAAAAUCAUACUAUCUUUUAGCAUCAGCUGCAUGUUCUACAGGAUAUGUUAGAAUACCAUCUGGUUCAUGUGUCAAUCUUUUGAUUGAUUUUUAUAAUUGUGGUUCAAUUGGUCACGUAUGUACUUCAAAUUACACAAGUUGUUCAAAUGGUGUUUGCAGUAGUGCACCUGCUGUGCUACUUACAGGUGCCGUUACGGUCCCCGGCUGGAGUGGUGCAUUUAAUGUUGAUGAUGCAUAUGUAACUAUAAGUCUACCGUUCAGUAUAUCGUUGUACGGUUAUUCAACAUCGAAUGCAUCAGUUCAGAGUAAUGGUGUAAGUACUCUUAUGAUUGAUCUUGUUAAACGAUCUCAAUUUCUAGUCAUAAAAUAG